GGGCAACGCUGAAAAGUGUAGACGCGGGAGGCUAGGCCGGCGUGGCGCCAAAACUAACCCUACCGCCGUCCCCUUUCGUCUCUCCUGCCGGCGCGACGCAGGGGCGAAGAACUCGGAGUCGGAGAGGCAGUACCCCCGGCGACCUUCCUGGCCCUCCUCAGUAGAACCAGAACCCAAACCGUGCACCAGUAACAAAGCUGAAGGGGCCAACGACCACCACUGAUGGCGUUGUGGUGUGAGAACAUGGCGUUGCCGCCCCGUGUCCUUGUCGCUCCCCGCCCUUCUGGUGCCAAUGGUCAAGGGAAUAUUCUAUUACUUCGCCAUCCAAAACUAGAAGAAGAAACACAGUAUCUGUUCACUGACGGCCAACUUCAUGAAUUCAAUUGGUUUAAGGAGCGUUAUGGUUCUUGGUUCCUGGGAGAUUAUGUCUGUGAAGAUGGUAGCGUUUACUAUUGCACACUUGUUGACCCCAUCUUUGUUCUUCUACCACUUUUCGAAGCUGCACGUAUGUCGAACGGUAAGGAUCUGGGAAAAUUCAGACAGUUGGAUGAAAUUUUAUACAUCGAAGGUUAUCCUGGAUAUCAGCACCUCAUGAGUAUAGCAGGAAAGCAUAUGGAACUGGUUUGUGAAGUUAAAGAAGUUGCUAAUAUGAAGUUCUUCAGGCUAGAUGAUUCCAAGGUCUUAACUUGGAUGUGCUGUAAGGUACACAGUAUAAAAGAGGCUAUCUCCAAAUUAGGUAAAAAUUAUGCUGCUCAAGGAGAAAGAGAACUGUUAAAGGAGGCUGUCCAAAUAAUUCGUGAAAACCUGAAGGAUGAACCGUGGCUAAUGGUACUCUGCAAGAAAUUGCAGUUAGACAUCAGUGAGAUAAAUGAUAUGGCCAAAACCAAUGACACGUCAUUUUGUGCUGAUAGUUCUCCGGUACCUGCUCCAGCUCGUCCCUCAGAGGGGGGUGUAGGAAAUAGCAGUGCCAAGUCAAGCAAAGGGAGGCCUGCGAAGAAACUGAAGCCUGAGGUAGGAUCAAAGAACAUAAAAGACAUGUUCCGAAGGGUGACAAGGAGUGGGACAUAAUCCCGAAAGGCUUGAUUGAUAUUCUUGGAGUUGCGGGGUUAUCUCGAAUUUGGAUGUGCUGAGAUGCCAUCGACCAUUGUUGGUUCUUGACCCCGAAACCCAUUAUAUGUAAGCUGCAUUAGUUCCUUUUUGACGAACCCUGUUGAGCUGCACUAACUUUAGCCUUAGUAAAUCAGGUAUGUAGGGCGUUGAUUCAAUUGUAUGGACUGUGAACCUUGGAAUUUAUUUGUACCCAAAUUAUUAAUCUCAUUGAGCUGCCUGCUGAGGCUGUAACUGAACAUAUGCAGUUGCUUCA